AGAAAAAUCCAAACACCAGAAAAACCCUAACGGUGACAGAAACAGUUGCUGUUGGGAAUGUAAUUCAGGACCUGAUCUCUUCCACGCGUCUAGUGUUGCAGCGGUGCCGUUAACGGGUGAAAUCUGUCCUCGCCAGCUGUGUCAGCAUCAUGUCCGACAUGAAGGCUUCCUGUCAGGAGUUUGAAGUGACCGUCCACACCUCACCUGGUACAACCUGCGGAACCUUCAGCCGCCUGUGGCUCAGUCUGAUUGGCUCGCAGGGGGAGACUCCGCCCAUCAGCGUGAACGAGGGCGACAGUCAUCUCCUGCCUGGGUCGACGUGUCCGGUAUGGGUCCGGGCCAACCGAUCUAUGGGUCGUCUGAUUCUGGUCCGGCUUCAUCUGGAGGCUCGAACCGGAUACCCCAACCUGGACUGGCACUGCAACCGGGUGGAGGUCCGCAGGCUGGCAGACCGGCAGGCCGAGCAGGGAGGGCGAAGUCAGACUGGACCUGAGGAUCCAAAACUACAGGUGUUCCUUUGUGAAAGAUGGCUGCGAACAACAGACGGCGACGUAGAGCUGCGGAGCGGAAAGCUGUGUUUGCCAAAGGACGAGACAGAGGAGAAGCUAAAGCAGCAGCGACUCAGGCAGCUGCAACGUCAGCAGAAGCUCAUCAGAUGGCGUAAAUUUGUCGACGGCGCUCCUCAAUGCGUUGACUUGAAGAGUAUCUCUGAACUCGGGCCGAACCUCAGCUACACACACAAGAGUCCAGUCACUAACGUGCACUACCUGAAAGGCUUCCUGGACAGAACUCAGGCCUGGCCGGGUUUCGCAGAGCUGGAGACGGUUUUCACCCACAGCGGACACCAGAACAACACCGCCUGGUUUGUAAAGACUCACUGGAUGGAGGACUGGUAUUUUGGCUACCAGUGUCUGAAUGGCUGCAACCCUCUGCUGCUGCGUCAGACCCGCCUCCUCCCUCCAAACCUGUCCGUCAGCUCUGACAUGCUCCGCCCCUUCCUGCCUGAAGGCUCCUCCCUCGAGCAGGAGCUAGAGAAAGGAACCAUGUACCUGCUGGACUUUGAAGUUUUGGACGGCGUCCCAGCCAAUGUGGUCAACGGGAAGCAGACGUAUCUGUCUGCUCCGAUGUGCCUCCUCCACCUGAACCAGCAGGGCCAGCUGCUCCCCAUCGCCAUCCAGUUGCAGCAGACACCCGGCCCUCAGAACCCCGUCUUCCUGCCCUCUGACCCCGGCUGUGAUUGGCUGCUGGCUAAGAUUUGGGUUUACAGUGCAGACUUCCAGUGUCACCAGUUGGCCUCCCACUACCUGAGGACUCACAUGCUGGGGGAGCUGUGCUGCGUGGCCACGCUGCGACAGCUGCCGGAGCCACACCCACUGCACCAGCUGCUGAUGCCACACCUCAGGACGUCGCUACAGAUCAACAUCCAGGCCAGAGCCUCGCUGCUGGCUUCUGACGGAGUGUUUGAUAAGGCGAUGGGCUGCGGUCUGAAGGCGCUACCUGUCCUCCUGUCCCGGGCGUCAGAAAGGAUUUAUUAUUCAUCUCUGUGCGUCUGUGACGACGUGAUCGAGCGCGGUGUGGACAGACUGCCGCAGAGCUACUACGCCCAGGACGCACUGAGAGUCUGGGACGCGCUGCACAGGUUUGUAAUCGGCUGGGUGGAUCUGUAUUACAGCGGAGACGACGAGGUGCUGCAGGACUCUGAGCUUCAACACUGGAUCACCGACAUCAACGCACACGGAUUCAACCCAGACUCAGGUUUCCCCCAGUCUUUCCAGACCAAAGCAGAAGUGUCCAAGUUCGUCACCAUGGUCAUCUACUGCUGCUCAGCUCUACACGCCGCUGUUAACUUCUCCCAGUUUGAUUUCGCCCUCUGGAUGCCCAACAGACCGCCAUCCAUGUUGCGUCCUCCUCCGCAGGUCAAAGGCUCGGUGACGGAGGACGACAUCAUGUCCUUCCUGCCGGAUGUGAACUCGACCUGUCGCGUCCUGACGGUGCUGGCUCUGCUGUCGCAGCCCAGCGUCGACUUUGUUCCUCUGUGUCACUACAAGGAGGCCGUGUUCAGAGACGACGCCCACCGCAGGCUGGUGGAGGAGGUGCAGGCUGAACUCAAGGCCAUUUCUGAUGACAUCACAGAGCGCAACAGCCAACUGGAGCUGCCGUACCCUUACCUCUUACCCACACAUGUCGAGAACAGCGUGGCCAUUUAAAUCCUCUUCCUUAGCAACUCGUGCUCGUUUUAUAAAGGAAUGACGUCUGUGUAAUCAGCUGCAUGUGAUUUAAUAUUUGAUUUAUUAUAAUUUUCUACAUCCGUUUGUUUUCUUUUGCAGACACGGUCAUGUUGUGGAUAAAAGACCUCCGAGACAGAAAUACCUGAUUGGUUUUCUGUUGAUUUACUAAUCAAUUAAUUGACCUAUCCUGCGCUGGUUCUUAGCAGCCGUCGCAUGAUUUAAUCUUAAAGAGCAGAACUUUGAAGUUUUCACUUAUUCCCACAAUUUCAUCGCAAAAAAGGCCAAAAAUCAUCGCACUGUUUUUUAGAAAAGCUGCAUCAAAAUCACAAAAAAAGGCUGCAAAAUCCUGGAGGGACUGAACAGCUAGUUCCUGUUGGGGUGUCUUUUAGCAGCAAUGUGCCAUUAUUACCCAAAAACACGAACUAUUUUGCUAUGUUUAAUAAAUACGACACCACUUUUGCAAGUCGGCACUAUCGAUAGCAGCCAACAGCCAACAAACUGCAACUUUCAAAUGUUCAUUUUAAACCGACAAACAUCAUGCGUGUAAUUCAGAGCACAAUUCAAACGGGAUCAAAACAUUAGUUUUCUCUCGCCGUUGACUAUUGUACAUAUUUUUUUCACAAUAAGGUCACAUGGCGGUCCACCGGAAGGGACGGGGCUUUCACCAUCUCAGUUUAGCAUGUUCGCAUGCUUAUAUUUGCUAUUUAGCAGCGAAGUACAGCUGAGGCUGAUGGGAAUAUAUGUAUUUGGUCAGAAACCAAAGUUUAAUAAUAAAUAAUAAAGCCAACAGUUGCAGUCUGGAGUAAAAGGAACGCUGCCAGUGUGACCAACAACAGAACAGAGUUAGUUUUCUGAAGGGUUGUGUUCAGGUUGUGAAACAAAGGGAACAGAAAGCUGUGAUUACUUGUUAAAUUACAUUUUAUUACAGGAAACCUGCUGAUACUGAUUGUGAACAGAUGAUAACACUGAAAUAAAAGUUGAACUCAGCAA